AUGUACGCUCUGAAUGAAAUCCCGAUUUUGAAACAAAUAUUGAGCGGUGAAUAUCGUCCAUCCUCACUUUUACUGGAUUUUACCACAAAAUAUGUUCUGGUUCAUAUUGCUGUCAGCGCUGCUGUACUCCACAGUGGUUUCUUCAGAUUUUCUGCCAGGAGUAUGCAGAUACAUGCGCGGUACCGAACAACAACAAUUAUCCGGAUGGUUCUGAUGGACGACCGUAUGGACACGGCCAGAAGCAAACAGGCGGCGCGGUGGGUGUUGGAAGCAGUUAUGCUCUAG